AUGACUCUUCUAUUAAUCAAGGCUCUACGGGAUGUUGGCCUCAACAGCUUGUGGUUCAACCAGAAUCCCGUCAUCCCCGGAGGAAGUGGCCCCAAUAACACUUCUCAAAACUGGGUUGUGAUGCCGGAGUCAUUCACAUUGGAGGCAACUGAUCUUGCCACUGACAAUGUAGUUGGCCGACUCGCGUACAAGACCCAUUACGACCAGUUCCUCACUCCGCCAUGCUCAACAUGCGAGACUGGACGUUUCGACAAGAACUUUUUCAACCAAAUCAUUGAAGCCAUGAAGGGCAGUUAUCCCGUGUUCAACAACUUUACCAUUAAAGGUCAAUGCGACCCUUGGAUGGCUUGUCUUUGA